AUGGAUAUUGAGAAUAAUUCAAAAAAUGAAGACCCAACUUAUCGUUCGAAAGAAAAAAUAUUUGGUACAAAGGUGUGUCAACAAAAAAAAAAGAAAAAAGUUAAUGCUUUAAAAUAUCACUUGUCUGAACAAGCUCAACAAGUAAAAAGAAAAAGCAUUGAUGAAACAAAUGAAGAUGAAGAAUGUUCACAUCAUGCCAUAGGAAUAAAUCAUACAAAAACCAUGGUAAUAAAUGAUAAGGAAAAAAAAAAUAUAUAUAUAUGUAAUAACAAAAAAAUAUGUAACAUAAAAUCAAAUGAUAUAAAAUUAAUGAUAACAAAAUAUAAUGAUAUCGACGAUAGUAUACUACACAAAAGUAAUAAUAUAGGAACUAGCAAAUUGGAAAAGGACACAAAAAAGGGAAAAACUGAAAAAUUUGGAAAAUAUGAAAAAUAUGGAAAUAAUGAAAAAUGUGAAAAAAAUGAAAAAUAUGAAAAAAAUGAAAAAUAUGGAAAAAAUGAAAAAAUUUAUCAAAAUCAACCAGAUUUUCAAAAUGAAAAAAUUAUCCAAAUUCAUAAUACAAAUAAAAUGUGUAAAAAAGAUUAUAUCGAAAUAAAAACAAAUCAAGAUGAGGAUAUUUUAAAAAAUAACAAAGAAAAAAUAGCUGAUAAUAAAAAAUAUAUUAAGAAUAUUUCUUUAUCACAUAUAAAUGUUAUAAAAGAUGAAAAAAUGAAAACAUGUAAACACAGUAAUAAUCAUGUCAUUAACAUUUUUGAAAAAUAUGAUAAUAAUAUAUCUUGUUUCAGUACUUUUUCUGAUUUAAAGGAAGAAAAUGAAAAAUGUUUUAAAAAUGACAAAGAAAAAAUGAAUCGACAAAAUAAUCAAAGAAGUAUGAACAAAAAUAUAUAUUUUUUAAAUGAUAAGUGCAUAAAAAAAAAAAAAAUAAAUAAUAAUAAUAAUAAUAAUAAUAAUAAUAAAAAUAAUGUAAAUAAAGAAAAUAAUAAAUAUGAUGAAAAAAAUAAAUAUUGUGAGAAAAAAAAAAAUUGUGAGAAAAAAAAAAAUUGUGAGAAAAAAAAAAAUUGUGAGAAAAAUAUAAAUAGCGAGAAAAAUAAAAGCCAUAUAUACAAUUUAUGGAAUGAAAAAUAUUUAAAAAAAUUAAAGGAACUAGAAAAGAAAAUAAAAAGGGAAAAUAAAAUUAAGAGCAAUAUAAUUAAUAAGAAAAAAAGCAAACAUACCCAAAAUAAUAUCCUUAAUUUCAAAAUUCAGCAAAAAGAUAAUUUGAAAAAAAUUAAUCAUAUAAGUUCUCUUGAUUUUUCUGAAGGCAAAAAGGAAAAUUUUGAGGAAAAUAUGAGUGGUCUUGUUAAAAAUAAUUAUACUGAUUAUAAUUAUUAUGAAGACGAACAGCCUAUUCAAUUAAAAGAUAAUAAUCAAUGUUUUUAUAAUAAUAAUAAUAAUAAUAAUCAAAAUGAUAGUAGCAGUAUGAUUUUGAGAGAAAAUUCAAAGGAAUCCAAUGAUCAUAAUGAUUACAAUGAUAACAAUGAUAAUAAUAAUAAUAUGAAUAUCCCUGUUAAUAAUAAAAGUAAAUUGAGAAAAUUUGUUUAUAUUUUUUGCAAUGGUUGUUUAGUUGUAUUUUUAGGGGUUAGCAAUAAUAUUUGUGGUAGAAUGAGGAAUCGAGUUUUAAAAAAUUUUGAUAGUUUAACGGCUUCAUAUAAUGCUUUAGCUUAUGUUACUAUUUAUUUAACUUUGUGUAUAUUAUAUACAAAUUCGAGACAUAUAAGAAAAGAACAUUGGUUAUAUAUAUAUCCAUGUUUAAAAAAUUUAUUAUUUAAAAAAAAGAAAAGUAAAAAUAAUAUGAACAAUAAUAUGAACAAUAAUAAUGACCAUAACAAUCACAAUAAUACAGAUAGUAAUAAAGAAGUAGAAAGUAAUAAUUCUUAUGAAGAUUAUUUUGUAACAAAUGAUUCUUAUAAAAAGGAAGAUCAAAAUUUACUUGCAAAUUAUUCUAUUGAUAUAAAACAGAAGGAAGAAGAAAGUAUGAAAAAAAAAAAGAAAAAAAAAGCAAUUUCUAAUUUUUUUCAUUUUAACAAGAAAAAGAUAUAUGAUGAACCUUUAUUAGGAAGAAAUGAAGAAAAAAACAAAAAAACAAAAAAUGAUAAUUAUGAUAAGAGCGAAAAUUUUAAUAAUUAUAGAGAUGAACGUUCUAAAGGUCAUAAUGAGAAUCAAUCCUAUUACCAAUCGACACAUAAUUCAUCCAUGAAAAAUAUAUUACGUGAAGAUGUAGGUAAUCAUAAUGAAAGUAGUAAUAAUAAAAUGUGUGAAAAAAAUCAAAUGAUGAUAUGUAAUUCAUAUCAUGUGGAUGAUGACAAUAUAUAUUAUAAGGAAAUUAGAAAGAGUAGUAUGGAUAAUAUAAAAGAUGAUAUUACUGGGAAAUAUAACAUGUGUGAAAAAGGUUAUCAUAAUAUAAGUAAUAAUAAUAAUAGUAAUAAUAUAACAUAUGAUGAUGAUCCUAAUAAUAAUAAUAAUAAUAAUAAUAAUAAUAAUUAUAAUAGUAUAUAUAAAUAUUAUUACAAUAUAAUAAAAACAAAAUGGAAUAGUUUAGGUGCAUAUAAAUAUGUUAUUAUGAUAGCUUUACUUGAUAUUGUCGCAAACACUUUAUAUUUUGUAUCCCAGCUAGCUAUUCCUUUGACAGUUUUAUUAUUAUUGAAUCAAUUAAUUUUUAUAUUUUCUCUUAUUUUAUCUUUUUUUAUAUUAAAAAGGAAAUAUAAUAUUCAUCAUAUAAUAUCAGUAAUUAUUGUUUUAAUUGGAUUUUUAUUUUUUUACAUUCCUUUUGUGUAUAAAGAUAAUAUAAAAAUAAAAAAAGAAAGUUGUGUAAAUUAUUAUUUGAAUUCUCAUUAUGCCAUAAAUAUAAAUAAUAUAUAUGAUGACGAUAUGUAUAAUAGAUGUGAUGGAGGCAAAGUUUACAAUAAUAUAAAUACUGUGCGAAAUAUGAAUAAUGGUUAUAAUAUGAUGGGUGAUAAUGCAAUAAAUAUUGACAAUAGUAGUAACGGUAGAAAUCCAACCACAAAUAAUAAAAAUAAUACAUAUAAUGAUAGUACAUAUAAUGAUAAUGAUAAUAAUAAUAAUAAUAGUAAGCCCCCGUGUAGUGACCCCUUAUGUGCAUCUCCAUUCAGCUUAGUCUUCUCUAUUUUUCUUUGUCUUAUAUCCAUUUUCUUAACCUCCUUUGGAGGUAUACUGAGAGAAAUAUUUUUUCAAGGAUAUAACAAUAAAUAUGAAACCGAGAAAAAAGAUAAUGCUUAUGAAAAGGUUCAUAUAGAUGAUUCAGACUCCUACUAUAUUAUGUCAAACAUAAAGACGAACAAUAAAAAGGAUAUUUGCUUUACAGAUGAUAUAAAUAAUUCGUUUGAAUAUGAUGAUGAUAUACAUAAAAAAAAUAAAUCAGAUUUGUAUAGAAAAGAAAAGAACAAUGUACAUACAUUUAAUAUGAGUACAUCGUAUUCAAUUAAUGAUGCAAAUUUUAUGAAAACAAAGAAAUAUAAAAAUACGGUCGAUGAAUUUUCAAAUUUUAAACAGAUAAAUAAUAAAUCAUAUCAUAAUAACAAAAGUGUUAAUUAUAAUAAGAAUAAUGUAACAUAUAUAAAUAAUAUUCUGUGUGAUGAAAAUAAGAGUUCUCACAUAAAUAAUUAUGAUUAUAAAAAUGAUAUAUAUAUAAAUGAUAUAUAUAAAAAUGAUAUAUAUAAAAAUGAUAUAUAUAAAAAUGAUAUAUAUAAAAAUGAUAUAUAUAAAAAUGAUAUAUAUAAAAAUGAUAUAUAUAAAAAUGAUAUAUAUAAAAAUGAUAUAUAUAAAAAUGAUAUAUAUAAAAAUGAUAUAUAUAAAAAUGAUAUACAAUAUAGAUAUAAACAAUAUAAUAAAAGAAGAAAAAUAAAAGAUAAGAUUAGUGUUAUUUUAUUAUCAUUCAAUGUAUCGCUUAUACAAGUAAUAUUUUUACCAUUGAUUAUAUAUUUUCAAAUGUUAUUUAAUAAAAAUAAAAAUAUAUCAUAUUUAUUAUUUAUUAAAAAUAGUUUAAGAUGUUUUUAUGGAGAUACUAUCGAAAAUAAUUUAAAUUGUAAAUAUUCUUUUAUGGUAUAUACUUUAUAUAUAAUUGUAAACGCAUUGUUUAAUAUAAGUGUUUCUUCAUUUUAUAGUAAUUAUUCAUCAGCUGAAUGUUUCCUAAUAUUAAAGUCUUCUACACCCAUUACAUUAAUUGUUCUAUAUUUUUAUAAUAUACCUUUCAUAUCAGACACGGAUAAAUAUUUUUCUUUUUAUUUUCUUAUAAGUAUAGUUAUUGUCUUUAUAGGAGUAAGCUAUUUUUUCUAUCAAUCCAUAGUAGAAGAAAAAAAAAAAAAAAAAAACACACAGCAAAUAAGAUAA